UCUCAGAAAACUCCACCGCGGCUUUCCUGUCACCUUAGAGAGAGCGAGAGAGAACGAGGCAACCUGCCGGCGGCCGGCACCUCUGUCACUUGUCAAAACCUAUACCCACACCUAGACAUCUAGAUAUAUAGUUUGAUCUGGUUGCAUAAACACACACACACACACACAUAUCCAGAGAGAGAGAGAGAGAGAGAGAGAGAGAGAGAGAGAAGCAGCUGGUUAUGCUGGUUUCAGCACGAGGUGAGAUCUUAUCGGGCGGAGAAGGGUUUUUACCGUUUUAGCGCAAUGGUGGCCGGAGCCGCCGCGAACGGCGGCGGCAGGUGGGGCCAAUCCGUGGUCUCGUCAACCCUCGUCUACUUCUUUACCUCUUUUUUGGUGUUGGGAUCGUUUGCCGCUCUCUACGGUUGGCUAAUCUUCACCCCUCGCGUCCGGUCGACUCUCUCUCCUCUCGGGUGCCGAGAGGACAAUGAGGGGUCGUGGUCGAUCGGUGUGUUGUCCGGUGACUCGCCCUUUUCCCUCAAACCUAUCGAAAGUGUGGACGUAUGGAGAGAUGAAACUGCGGCAUGGCCCGUGGCCAAUCCUGUACUCACUUGUGCUUCCGUUUCUGAUGCUGGUUUCCCUAGUAAUUUUGUUGCUGACCCGUUUCUUUAUGUUCAGGGCGAUAUCCUUUACCUGUUUUUCGAAACAAAGAAUUCAAUCACCAUGCAAGGAGACAUUGGAGUUGCAAGAAGUACAGAUAAUGGAGCGACUUGGCAACAAUUGGGCAUUGCUUUAGAUGAAGAUUGGCAUCUUUCCUACCCAUUUGUUUUUUAUUAUGACGGCCAAAUAUACAUGAUGCCUGAGGGCAGCGCAAAAGGAGAACUCCGUCUUUAUCGAGCAUUAAACUUUCCUCUUACAUGGAAACUGGAGAAGACCAUCAUGAAGAAGCCCCUCGUUGAUUCAUUCAUCAUAAAUCACGACGGGAAGUAUUGGCUUUUCGGUUCAGAUCACAGCGGGAUCGGCACCAUGAAGAACGGGCAGCUUGAAAUCUGGUACAGCAUCUCCCCACUUGGUCCUUGGAAACCACAUAAGAAAAACCCUAUCUACAACACAGACAAGAGCAUGGGCGCCCACAAUGGCGGCAGACCAUUUGUGCACAACGGAAACCUCUAUCGCGUUGGCCAAGACUGUGGUGAUACAUACGGUAAACGUGUACAUAUUUUCAAAGUUGAAGUUCUUACCGAAGAUGAGUUCAGACAAGUUGAAGUUCCAUUGGGCUUGGAUGAACCCAACAAGGGUCCAAACGCGUGGAAUGGGGCCCGCUACCAUCACCUAGAUGUGCAAAGGCUAAAUUCUGGUCAGUGGAUCGGGAUUAUGGAUGGGGACCGUGUUCCAUCGGGAGAUGCAUUUCGUCGGUUUAUUUUGGGCUGUGCUUCGGUUAUCACAGUUUCUGUACUUGUUGUACUUGUGGGUAUGAUGCUUGGUGCUGUGAAGUGCAUUAUACCCUUGAGUUGGUGCCCCCAUAAUAGGGGAAAGAGAAGUGAUGUUUUCUUGGAUUGGGAGAGACCAAAUUUGAUUUCUUCAAAACUGAGGCAAUUAUGUAGUCGCCUGAAUAUGGUGUGUUCUUUACUUCGUGGAAGGAUCAAGCUGAACACUUUUGCCGGAAAGUUGAUUCUUGCUUUUAUAUUUGCCAUUGGAGUGAUGCUAAUGUGCUCAGGGGCGAGUUAUAUCUACGGUGGAAAUGGAGCACAAGAACCCUACCCCUUGAACGGUCACUACUCUCAGUUCACCAUGGUAACGAUGACUUACGAUGCUCGGAUGUGGAACCUGAAAAUGUAUGUGAAGCAUUAUUCUAGGUGUUCUUCGGUUCGCGAGAUUGUUGUGGUUUGGAACAAAGGAAUACCUCCCAACGUAAGUGAUUUUGAUUCCCUAGUGCCGGUUAGGAUAAGAGAAGAGAAGAAGAAUUCGUUGAACAAUCGCUUCAAUGUUGAUCCUUUGAUAAAGACCCGAGCCGUUCUUGAGCUUGAUGAUGAUAUCUUGAUGACGUGUGAUGAUGUGGAGAGAGGAUUUAGGGUUUGGCGUGAUCACCCGGAUCGGAUCGUUGGGUUUUACCCUCGGCUCGUCAACGGGGGACGACUGAAAUACAGAGGUGAGAAAUACGCCCGGAGACAUAACGGGUAUAACGUGAUCUUGACCGGGGCAGCUUUUAUGGAUGGUCAGGUAGCUUUUCAAAGGUAUUGGAGCGAUGAAGCAAAGUGGGGGAGGCAAGUAGUGGACAAGUACUUUAACUGUGAGGAUGUGUUAUUGAACUAUUUGUAUGCAAAUUCGAGCUCAUCGGAGAAGGUGGUGGAGUAUGUGAGACCAGCCUGGGCUAUAGAUAUGUCAAAGUUUUCGGGUGUCGCAAUUAGUCGGAACACACAUGAGCAUUACCGGAUCAGAAGCAAAUGCCUGGUAAAAUUUGCGGAAAUGUACGGGAGUUUGACGUGGCGGAAGUCGGCCUUCAAUGUGCGGAAGGAUGGUUGGGAUGUAUAGUACAGGUAGAUGGAUUCUAGCAGCAGGCCAAGUUAACCUGUUUCUUGUUGUGAAUCCUUCUGUGCUUUUCUUUCCGGUACAAUGUUAGUUUUAAUUGUACAAUUUUUUUUUUUGUUUCUAAAACUUGGCAUUCGGUCUAAUGUACCGACUAAUUCGGGACCAAUCUCAACUUCUGCUAGGGGUCCAUUAAAGCCGGGCAAAGCCCUAACUUAAUGGGGUCUUUUUUUUUUUUUUUUUCGAGUUUUGUAAGCUUGGCAGGUGAAAUGAAAAUGCACAUUGGCUUCUUUGAUAUUGCGCUUU